AUGGAGCAGCGGAGGAACACGGCGGCGGAGGCGUCGGCUCGCAGCUUCACUUACAUCAACAGGACGAAUGAAGUAGUCGAGGCCAUCAUCGGCCGAAAACAACAAUACCGCUUGGCCGCCGAGGACUGCUGCAGGUUCCGCCCGGGCGUGCAUCCCCUGCCCAACGCCGGUCAGGGCGCUUCAGCAAGAGGCGACAGCAUCGACUUCGCCCUCGGCCGGCUCAAGCGCUUCAGCAUGUUCCAGGCCGUACUAGGCAACGUCUUCUCCAUCUGCGUUGCGCACAUCGCUCCAUGGUGGCGCGGCAGGUGGCAACCCCACACUGACGCUGCCCGUCACGCGGAGCCGGCGCUGCAGUGCCUACACUCCGCCAAGUCGCACGGCCAUGCGGCCCUCGCCGUCUUCCACGUCAUGCUUAGGCCGCCAUCGCCGCGAGCAGUCGCCCACGCCUGGGCACCCGCGGGCAAGCAGCUCCUACUGCAACUGCGCUGCACAUCGGUCUGUAGUUUGUAG